AUGGCAGCUCUGGCGGCGCUCGUCGUCGGCAUUGCGGUCGUUGCGCUAGCACAUUGUUCAGUCGCUGCUGGCACGGCGGCUCCGCCGCCUAAGGGCCCGGUGACGUACGUGUUCGGCGACUCGAUGUCGGAGGUGGGGAACAACAACUACUUCCAGCUCUCCCUCGCCAAGGCCAACUACCCAUGGUACGGCAUCGACUACCCCAAGGGCGUCGCCACCGGGAGGUUCACCAACGGAAGAACCAUCGGAGACUACAUGGAUGCCAAGUUUGGCAUCCCGUCCCCGCCGCCGUUCCUCUCCCUGUCGAUGGCCGACGACGACGACUUCCUCACCGGCGUCAACUUCGCGUCUGGCGGCGCCGGCAUCCUGAACGAGACUGGCGUCUACUUUGUCGAGUACUUCUCCUUCGACCAGCAGAUAUCGUGCUUCGAGAGCGUGAAGAAGGCGAUGAUCGCCAAGAUUGGCAAGGAGGCCGCCGAGGAGACUGUCAACGCCGCAAUGUUCCAAAUCGGGCUCGGGAGCAACGACUACAUCAACAACUUCCUGCAGCCGUUCAUGGCGGACGGCACGACGUACACGCACGACCAGUUCAUCCGCCUCCUCGUCGCCACUCUGGACCGGCAACUCAAGAGGUUGUACGGGCUUGGGGCGCGGAAGGUGGCGUUCAAUGGCCUCCCCCCGCUCGGCUGCAUCCCGGCGCAGCGGGUGAAGUUGGCCACGGGGGAGUGCCUGGAGCACGUGAACAGCUACGCCGUCCAGUUCAACGCCGCCGCCAAGAAGCUGCUCGACGGCAUGAACGCCAGGCUGCCCGGCGCGCAGAUGGGGCUCGCCGACUGCUACUCCGUCGUCAUGGAGCUCAUCCAGCACCCGCAGAAACACGGGUUCACGACGUCCGACACGUCGUGCUGCGGCGUGGACACGAAGGUAGGGGGCCUCUGCCUGCCGGACUCGACGCCCUGCCGCGACCGCAAGGCCUACGUGUUCUGGGACGCGUACCACACCUCGGACGCCGCCAACCGGGUCAUCGCCGACCGCCUCUGGGACGACAUGACCAGUGCCAGCGCCGGCGCUCCGGCUCCUCGCGCCAGGGCACCCGGCCCAGCGGCUGCGCCGGCCCCGUCUCCGUCUCGGGCUUAA